AUGUCCAGCCAGCACCAAGGUCGGGCAUACUUCAGACUGAACGCCCCCAUCGACGCCUCCUCAGAACCCACCAUCGGGAUCGUCGCGACGCGUCUACUCGAUCCCAUCGGGUCCUUCGGCCAGACUGAAGACACACACAGAAAACAGCUCCAGUCCCUCAUACAGAAUCACCUUCACACACUGACUCACAAUUCUGCUGACCAGGACCGCACACUUGUGGCAGUUGCCAAAUCCCUCAUGAGGAUGACAUGUGCCGCGACGAUAAGUGUUCCCACCGGUACCUGCCCUGAUGAUACCGAGACGGUGAACUGGGAGCUCGCCGCUAUUGACCUGAGCGUGGGAGGCGAGACAUACGCGACCGUUCAUCGUGUCCCUGAGUCUCCUUCGAUCCUGCAGACAACAUACAAGCCGCUUUCCGGAGACCAACCUGCAUCUGCUCUUCAGACCCCUUCGUCCACGCACACAAGCCCCCAGCCGGCCCCGCAGACCUCGGCCCCAAUCAACGUCGCUCUCCACAUCGGCGUGAUCAAGCCUGGUAUCAUUGACGGAGUCGUUCAAGACAUGUACCGUAUCCAGUCUGAGAGAUAUACGGUGAGAGGGACAGAGGGGGACGACGAAUCGAGGCUCAGUGUCCUCAAUGGAUCUCUCGCAAAAAGUGUUCAGCGAGCGAAUGGAUCGCGCACGAAGGAUCUCACGAUAUCCUGCGACGCGGCCAAGAAGAUGUGCUACGCUGCAGGGAUGCGCGCGUUAUGGAAGGGAUAUGGCGAUCUGACUGAGGAUAGGAACGUCGUCGUCCAAGUGUGCGACACCGCGGAGGAUUGGGAGACUCACAAGCAGCACGCCCUCAGCGUGUACCAGGAGGCAUGGGGUUCCGCUGCCACCGGAGAGACCCCUUCUCCUUCCAAUCAGAUUGAUGAAGCUGGUGGGGGAACCGCCGCGGCCGAAUGUCAAAACGAUGAGUCCGUCAGAACCAGCGGGUGCAGCCGUCUGACCAAGGUCGCUGGCAUUGUGGCGGUGACUGGCGCCGUUGCUUCGGCUUUGUACUACAGUCUGCGCGAUACUUUGAGUGAUGAGUAG